AUGAACAGGUCUCAGGGGUCAGUGUCAUUUGAGGAUGUGACCAUGGGCUUCACCCAGGAGGAGUGGCAGCCCCUGGACCCUGCUCAGAGGACCCUGGACAGGGAUGUGAUGCUAGAGAAAUACAGCCACCUCAUCUCAGUGGGGUACUGUGUUACCAAACCAGAGAUUGUACAGCAAGGAGAAGAGCCAUGGAUAUUAGAGGAAGAGUCCCAAAGUCAGAGCCACCCAGACUUCUGCAUAGUUGACCUGAUGGAGAAGAGCCAGGAAAAGGAAGACCAGCAUUGGUGGAAAGUUGGUUUUGUCAACAACAAAACACCGACUAAAGAGAGAAAUAAUGUAUUGAGAAAAACAUUUUCUCUGGAUACAAACUUUAUUUUAUAAAAAAUACCUGGUAAAUAUGACUCAUAUGGAAUGAAUUUGGAUUCUCUUUCACAAUUAAUCAUUAGUAAUAGACACUCCUUUGUAAGGCAGCUUGAUGAGUUUAAUACACAUGGGAAAUUACUCCUCUGUACAAAGCACAAGAAUUCUCAUUCUAGAGAGAAAUCUUUAGAAUAUGAUAGAACUGGAAAAGCCAUCAGUCAAAAUGAGGACUUAUUUCAGCAUCAAGAUACUCAAACUCUGAAGAUUUCUUUUGAAUAUACUGAAUGUGGGAAACCCUUCAAUUAG